GUUCCACGGUCAUCACUUCUAAGCCAUCAGAUUCUAAACAAUCCAACGGUCAUAACUUCACAUAGAACCUCAACAUGGUAGCGGGAACAACAACUUGAAGAAAGAAAAAAAAAGUGUAAGAAGAGUUUGAGCUGGCUUAAGAUUUGGAUGAACAUGGAAGGAAUAGCAACUGGGUCACAUGAAAGAAGCGAACUUGUUCGUGUUAGAAAUGGUUCAGCUUCUGGGUCUAAACCCUUAAAGAAUUUGAAUGGUCAAAUCUGUCAAAUAUGUGGCGAUACUGUUGGAUUAACAGCAACUGGCGAUGUCUUUGUUGCUUGCCAUGAGUGUCCUUUCCCACUUUGUCAUCCUUGUUAUGAAUACGAGCGAAAAAACGGCCAAUCAUGUCUACAAUGCAAGACUAAAUACAAAAUUCACAAAGAAGGUCCUCGAGUGAAGGGAGACGACGAUGAAGAUGAUCUGAGGAAUGAGGUCAAGUAUGGUCAAGGAAAUAAUUCUAAGACAGGAUGGCAAUGGGACGAAGAUGCGGACCUCUCUUCAUCUUCCGGACAUGAUUCUCAAUUACAAAAUCCCCAUCUCGUAAAUGGACAGCUGAUGUCUGGUGAGAUUUUAGGUGCUACUUCUGAUACUCAAUCUGUGCAAACUACAUCAGGUCCUUUGGGUCAAUCCGAAAAUGUUCACUCACGACCCUAUGUUGAUCAAAAGCAACCAGGUCUUGAGAGUGACGAGGAGAUCAGAAGAGUGCCAGAGAUGGGAGGUGAAUCUGCCGGAACCUCAGCUUCUCGUAAAGGCACCGGUUCUACUGCAGGUCCUGAACGUGCUCAGGGGGCUGGAGAGGGUCAAAAGAAGAGAGGAAGAAGCCCAGCCGACAAAGAAAGCAAACGACUAAAGAGGCUACUGAGGAACAGAGUUUCAGCUCAGCAAGCAAGGGAGAGGAAAAAGGCAUACUUGAGUGACUUGGAAACAAGAGUCAAUGACUUAGAGAAGAAGAAUUCAGAGCUUAAAGAAAAACUUUCCACUUUGCAAAAUGAGAAUCAAAUGCUGAGACAAAUAUUGAAGAACACGACAGCAAGCAGAAGAGGGAACAACGGUGGUGCCAACAAUGCUGAAUGAACUCGAGGAGAAUAAUGACAAUCAAAACAUAGAGUAAAUUUAAAACAAAGUGAAUAAAACAUUAGUUUUGAUGAUUCUUUCUAGGUGUGCAUUUGGAACAUGAUGAAGGAUGAACGCAAGACCUGCUUUAUCCUAAAAUAGUAUGUUUUGUUAUGUGAAGCACUGACACAGGCACAAGCCAGAGAUUGACUCUGACGCAUCGCCACUAGUAAUUUGAGAAAACAUAAGUUAUUUAAUGUAACCAUAUGUAUCAGUUUCAGACACCAGAUACUCAUUCAAUCUGAAGUGUUGGUGCUACAUAGGUUCGGAUGUAUGUACGCUUUCUCCAUUCAAAUUUAGGUAGUAUGGAUGCGAGUGACUGUCAUCGGUUUUGGAAUAAUAUCAUUAUGGUACUUACCAUUUGAUGAUGAGAUCAAGAGUAGUUGAUGAACCAUUUGUGAAGUACUAUUAUACUAUAUAUAGCAAGUGAAUUGUUUGAUAA